AUGAGCGGUCACUCUCAAUUGCCCGCCUCGGCCCGCCACGAGCGUGCCCAGCAUGACGACCAGUCGACAACAUCGACGGAUGACAUUGAAUCUCAGCAUUCAGCAUAUCAGGCGACCGACGAUGAGCAAGGGCGAGCGGUCGUGCCGCUCGAAAAGCAGAGCACCGCCGCAUCGGGUCUGUCGGUCUUUGAGCAGCGCGCGCAAUCGAUUGUAUCGCGCAUUCGCAGUCGCGAGCCCGGCCAGACAGCAAGAUUCACCCAUCCACUUUCGCAUACAAAAACGAGCCCGGAUGUGAUCGUCGACUUUGAAGGGCCAGAUGAUCCUUAUCGACCGUUGAAUUGGGGAUUUGGAAAAAAGGCAGUGACCACCGUGCUAUACGGAUUGACGACAAUGGGCGCAACAUGGGCAAGCUCUGUGUAUUCGACCGGUCAAAAACAGAUUAGCCAGGAAUUCGGCGUUUCUCUGGAGGUCUCCACACUAGGGACAUCGCUCCUUCUGUUCGGCUUGGGCCUGGCCGCAAUCAUGUCCUUUGGCACAGCCACUGCCAAAGAUCUGCAAACCAUCAUGUUAACGCGAUUCUUCACGGGCUUUUUCGGCUCUGCACCGGUAACAAAUACCGGCGGUGUCUUGAGUGAUAUCUGGACGCCUGAGCAGCGAGGUGCUGCCAUUGUCGGAUAUGCCAUGGCAGUCGUUGGUGGACCCGUUCUCGGUCCCAUCGUUGGUGGCGCUAUUGUCCAGAGUUACCUCCAUUGGCGAUGGACAGAAUAUAUCACCGGCAUUAUGAUGAUGUUUUUCCUGCUUCUGGAUCUCAUCUUUAUUGACGAGAGCUAUCCACCCGUGCUCCUGGUCUACAAGGCUCGACGGCUUCGAUUCGAAACCGGAAACUGGGCUCUGCACGCCCGGCAUGAAGAAUGGGACGUGACACUCAGAGAACUGGGAAAUAAGUAUCUCGUACGACCCUUCCAACUACUUGCCACACCGAUCUGCUUCUUGGUUGCAUUAUACGCCUCUUUCGUCUACGGCAUUCUCUACCUCAGUCUGGCCGCGUUUCCCAUUGUCUUUCAAGAAAUUCGUGGAUGGAAUCAAGUCGUCGGCGCCUUGCCUUUCCUGGCUUAUCUGGUGGGUAUCCUGAUCGGCGCCGUGAUCAACUUGUCCAACCAGCGCUUCUACCUCAAACGCUUCAAGGCGAACAACAACCGGCCCGUCCCCGAAGCAAGACUGCCCCCGAUGAUGAUCGGCUCGGUGAUGUUCGCAGCAGGCUUGUUUGUAUUCGGCUGGACAAGCCCCAAACACAUUCAUUGGAUUGGACCCAUCAUCGGCGCUGUCAUGAUGGGCUUUGGAUUCUUCACCAUUUUCCAGGCAGCGCUGAACUAUCUCAUCGACACCUUUCAAAAGACCUCCGCCAGCGCCAUUGCCGCAAACACCUUUUUACGAUCCGUCUUUGCCGGUUGUUUCCCACUUUUCACGAGCGCCAUGUUUCACAAUCUGGGCGUGCCGUGGGCAGCGAGUAUACUGGGUUUUGUGUCUAUAGCCUUGAUUCCUAUUCCUUAUCUUUUCUACGUCUUCGGGAGACGUAUUCGCGCACGUGGGAAAUGGUCAAGGGCGUCAUUAUAA